AUGACAAACCAAGACACCCCAAUCAUUCAUUACAAAGAUAAGGAAUACUCAUUGAGAGAUCUCAAUGAAAAGUUUCACUCUUUGGAAAAGGAAUUGAACCAAACAAAGAGUUUGAUUCUUUGUCUUGAUGGUACUGAGAAUGAGUUUGGACCAAAACCAUUCACAAACGUCCUCAAAUUGUUUGGAAUGUUAGAAAAGGAUAGUGAUACUCAAUUAUGCUAUUACCAACCAGGUAUUGGAACUGGGUUUCAAGCAGAAUCUGAUGAUUUACGUCAGUCUAACUUUAUUAGUUCUAAGAUUACUCACAUUACCAAUCAGAUUGAUUCUAUGAUUGCAUUCACUGUUGAAAAACAUGUUAUUGCCGCAUAUGAGUUCAUUUCCAGAUUCUACAGUAAUGGUGAUAAGAUAUACCUCUUUGGAUUCAGGUUUGUAUUACACGAUACAUAUAUGCUUUCUGUAUAG